AUGAAUACUCGCCCCAUCAUCGAUGAGUCCUCAGGACCAAUAGCGUUGUCUGCCUCCUUUAACAACGAUGCAAGCUGUUUCGCUGUCGGCCUUGACACAGGCUUCUGUGUGUUCAACUCAGACCCAUGCGAACUCAAAGCUUCCAGAGAUCUAAAUGCUGGCAUCGGAGCGGCUGAAAUGCUUGGUCGGUACAACUAUCUGGCCCUGGUAGGAGGUGGAAAGAAUCCAAGAUGGCCACAAACAAAAGUAAUGAUCUGGGACGACGCCAAACAAAAGGUAGCCAUCACACUCGAGCUGAAGACGGCCGUCCUUCGAGUCCGCCUGACCAAGUCGUGGAUUGCUAUUGCUAUCCAAAACAGCAUCCACCUGUAUAAAUUCUCCUCGCCUCCAGAAAAGACCGCCGUCUUCGAGACCGCGGACAACCCACUGGGGGUAUGUUGUCUAGGUUCCAGACUCGUGGCAUUCCCAGGUCGAUCGCCAGGGAAAGUUCAGCUAGUUGAACUUGGAUCGGGGAAUGUGAGCAUCAUUCCAGCACAUACGUCGGCCUUGCGUGCGAUGGAUCUCAGCGCCGAUGGCCAACUUUUGGCGACCGCCAGUGAAACAGGGACUUUGAUCCGUGUGUUUUCGACGUCAAACUGCACAAAAGUUGCUGAGCUUCGUCGCGGAGUCGAUCCAGCCUACAUCUUUAGCCUCGCCAUAUCUCCCAACUCGAGCAUGCUGGCCGUCACGUCCGACAAGUCCACUCUACACAUAUUUGACCUCCCGAAUUCCUCACCCUCUCAGCCGAUCAGCCCCACGAGUCCGUCUCGCCGAUCUCAAUCUCCACACGUCAACGCCGACGAAGAAGUCACCACGAACCAGAAAUGGGGCUUCUUAUCCAAGAUCCCUCUCCUGCCUCGUGUCUUCUCGGACAUAUAUUCAUUUGCCUCGACGCAUUUUGAAAUGGGCGAUGAAAGCGGUGGACUCAACGGAACCUCACUCUCAUAUCUUCCCGCCCUCGGAUCCCUUCCAAUUCGACCACAAAAGGGCAUACUAGGCUGGAUUGACGAUUCAACCCUGAUUUGCAUCGGUACAGGUCGCGACGCACGAUGGGAACGGUUCAGAGUUGGGGAACGGCCCGGCAUUGCGGACGAGGGUCAGCGAGCUGUCUGGAGAGAUGGCUGGAGGAAGUACUUGGGUAGCUGA